UCCUCCACUGAGAUGGUGACGCUCCUUCAAAACUCCAGUCUCACGGCGGCGGCAGCAGAUUGCUUGAGUCAUCUGAAGGUUCAUAACGUUACCAAAUCUUUCAUAGCUUAUCUGUCAAUGAGCUGGAUGCCUGUACUUGUCAGUAGGUGGUCUUGUUAAAUAUAACCUUAAAGAAAAGAUAAAAAGAGAAGAAUAACAAUAAAGCACCCAAUGUUUUAACACAGGGAACUUUGAAGCUCGUGUACAUUCUCUUUAUAUGUGCGCACCGCUGGUGCCAGACGCGCGUUUCCAGCCAGUGCUGGUGAUGCGAUGCCCCGCAACCACAGCGGCGAUGAGGGCGGCACUGGUCUCUGGAUGAAGACCUCGCAGCACUAUGGCAUGAAAGAUGUUGAAGCCGGUCGUGGGACGAUGAACAGCGCGACCAAGACAGUCGACAGCCUGCUGCCGACGCCGGGCACAACAGGUGCAGGAGGCUCGGAAAACCAGAGGAGAAAGCAAGGCGCCCGGCUGAGCUUGCUGGGGAAACCGCUCGCCUACAGCGCGCAGAGCGGCCGGAGAAACGCGCGCUACAGGAAGCUCCAGAACUACCUCUACAAUGUCCUGGAGAGACCACGAGCCUGGGCAUUCGUUUACCAUGCCUUUGUGUUCACUUUGGUGUUUGGCUGUCUCGUUCUCUCUGUGUUCUCCACCAUCCCUGCUCAUAUGGACCUCUCCAAUCACUGUCUCCUUAUACUGGAGUUUGUGAUGAUUGUUGUGUUCGGUCUGGAGUACAUCAUUCGCAUCUGGUCGGCUGGAUGCUGCUGUCGCUACAGGGGAUGGCAAGGACGACUGCGCUUUGCAAGAAAACCAUUCUGUGUCAUCGACAUUAUUGUGCUCAUUGCAUCCAUCGCAGUGGUUUCAGCUGGUAGCCAGGGCAAUAUUUUUGCCACGUCUGCACUUCGCAGUCUGCGAUUUUUGCAGAUCCUACGCAUGGUGCGUAUGGACAGGCGAGGCGGUACCUGGAAACUGCUUGGAUCUGUUGUGUACGCUCACAGCAAGGAGCUUGUGACCGCCUGGUACAUUGGCUUCUUGGUGCUGAUCUUUUCUUCAUUCUUGGUGUACUUGGUGGAGAAAGAGUUUAACAAACAGUUCGCCACCUAUGCAGAUGCUCUUUGGUGGGGUACGAUUACGCUCACCACCAUUGGAUACGGCGAUAAGACUCCACAGACCUGGACUGGGCGGCUUCUGUCUGCAGGGUUUGCUUUGGUGGGCAUCUCGUUCUUCGCUUUGCCUGCUGGUAUUCUUGGCUCUGGCUUUGCUCUGAAGGUCCAAGAGCAGCACAGACAGAAGCAUUUUGAAAAGAGGAGAAACCCAGCAGCCAGCCUCAUACAAGCUGCGUGGCGUCUCUACUCCACAGACCACUCCAGAACAUACCUGAGUGCCACAUGGCUGUUCUAUAAAAGUGUUCUCCCUCCUCAAAGGAAAGACCAGGGGGAAUCGAUCAGCAGUCAAAAGUUAAGUUUUCGGGAGCGUGUGCGCAUGGCCAGUCCUCGCGGUCAGAGCAUGAAGAGCAGACAGAUGUCAGUGAAUGACCGACGCUCUCCUGCCACAGAGGUUGGGGUUGAGGGCAGCAGCCCUGCCAAGGUCCAGAAGAGCUGGAGCUUCAAUGACCGCACACGCUUCCGGCCAUCACUGAGACUCAAGAGCCAAUCGCGCACAACCGCUGAAGCUGACACAAAUAUUGGACCGGAUGAUGCUUUUGAUGAGAAGGGUUGUCAUUGUGAUGUGACUGUGGAAGAUCUAUCUGCCCCGCUGAAGGCAGUGAUCAGGGCUGUCAGGAUAAUGAAAUUCCAUGUGGCCAAGAAGAAGUUUAAGGAAACGCUUCGACCGUAUGAUGUGAAAGAUGUGAUUGAGCAAUACUCUGCUGGUCACCUGGAUAUGCUGUGUCGUAUCAAGAGUCUCCAGACUAGGUUGGACACCAUUGUGGGUCCACAGUCCCUGAGUCGCAAAGCCAAGACCUUUUCUUCUCCUUCCCUGCACUUGUAUUACAGCCAGGCCAAGAGGAAACACUCUGCCCCAGGACUCGCCACAGCUGUGGGUCCACAUCAGACACUCAGCACCAAAGCCAGGAACCUUUCCUCUCCCUCUCUACACAUGUAUUACAGCCAAAGCAAGAAGAAGCACGCUGGGGUGGAUCAGAUACUGGGAAAGGGCCAGAUUUCAGUGGACAGAAAAGGCAGGGAGAAAAUCCUCCCAGAAGGAGAAUCCUUGGAGCAUGACAUGAGCAUGCUUGGCCGUGUCUGUAAAGUAGAGAGACAAGUACAGUCCAUUGAGUCAAAGCUGGACUCAUUACUUGAUAUAUACCGGCAAGUGUUGCAUAAAGGCUCCUCUUCGAUGCUUGGUCUGUCUGCUUUGCCCUUGUUCGAGCUGGAUCAAACCUCCGACUACCAAAGCUCCAUACAUGGCAAGGAUUUGUCAUCCUCCUCCCAGCUUACCGGCAGCAGUGUGUCUCGUUCGGGCAGCAGUCACCUGCACCGUGGUCUUCAUCUGGCUCUGGCCCCUAGUGAACUCAACUUGGGUACUGGUUACCCAUAUUCUGCCUCCUCCUUCUCACCUUCCCCUCUCCUAAACAACCAACCCUCCAGCCCUGACAGUUUCUACCCAGCGUCCCCUCCUCCCAUUCUCACCCCCAACAACCUUUCCAGAAGUCACCAGCGGUUUAGUGAGCUGACUAGGCCGGUCCCCACAGUACAUUCAACCUCAUCUACCCUUCAGCUCCCGCCUAUGGUACCAACGCCUCAAAGUCGGCCCUCCAGCCUUAUCCCAGAGACACUACAGGAGAGCCAGGCGGAGUGUCUGAGCAAUUGCCUGUUGAGUACCCAAAUAGAGGAUGAGUCAGACAAGGAAGCCGAGAGUAUUCAAAGCACGGUACAGCUACGGGACAAGCCCGAACGUAAUCCCAAGGAAGAUGGGUCAUGGAGAAGACACUUGAGCCUUGACAUUGAUCCUCUUAUGCUCAUGUCUUCCACAACAGCUGCCUCGCUACAGGUCGAGUGUGGGCUCGGCAAGUCUCUUUCUGCUCAGAACCUCAUGUUACCGACUGCUGCCAACUGCCAUCCCAGCCUGUCCACUCGGAGCAGCGGCAGCAGCAACAAUGAGUCCAGUGACCGUGAGCCGUUGGCCGACUGGGGCGAUACAGAGCUCCUUGUCAAUGACAAAGAGGUGGACACCACAGAGGGUGACAGAUACCACCUCCACCAACAAAGCAACGAUACAACCUUCUCUUCUGAGCUGCUACGGACAGGAGCCAGUGGGCUGUCUCCAAGCCAGGCUGGACCUAGAGAUGGUCUUGAGUCCCAUAAAUUGCCUCACGUAUGCCUCGAAUAACCCCCGGAGCACAGGAACCUCACUGUGGAGACUGGACACAACCUCAUGUCACUCAUGUGAAUCUUUUCCAAAGGAAAUGGAGCGUCCUGUACGCUCUAUGUGUUUUCUAAUUUUCACAGGAAGACGACAUGCUGUUCAUACGUUCAUGUUCAUACGUACAUAUCAAUGCAUGGACAAUUUAUCAAAAAAGAGAUUUUAUGUUAACAAGAAACUGUUGUGGAAAAAAUAUCCGGGUUCAAUAUACGUUAAGCUCAAUUGACAGGUUUGUGACAUAAUACUUAUUACCUCCAUAGACACCAUAAAUUACUGAAAAAUGUGUGCAUGUAACCAUAUGAAGGUAUCUAUAAUCAAGGAAGCUUAUAAUUUUAUGAACUUAAAUUUCUGCUUUUAAAACAUUGAGAAAUUGGCCCCAUUCAUUUUCACUGUGAGUGCAUCAGCCUAACCCAUAUACUGUAUAUUCUUUUUUUUUUUUUCUUUUUUUUAUCAAUAUUAUGCCACGAAUGCUUUCGGUUGAGCAUAACUUGUAUUGAACUUAUAAUAUUACUUUAAAAUAAUGAAGGGUUAAGGUACUGAAUGAGCCUUGCAUGGGAUCAGCAUGUGUAAAAUCCAACAGCAUAUAGAAUUGGAAGUGUGUAUGCAGCUGUAGUAAUAAUCCCUCACUCAGCAUUAGGAUUUAUUUGUCACUUCCUUCUGAAUGUUUGGCAGUCCACUCAUUUGCAUGUGUUAAGAAAUUGUUGGGGGAAUAGCAGAAAAAAAAAACAAAAAACAGAUGGUCUUAGUCCAAAACACCAUUAAUCUGUGAUACUAUGCAAAUCAAGCAGGGUUUGCAAGCAACUCCAGAAGAAACUCAGAAACAAAAGCAUCUUCACGGUAUAGCCUGCACAAAGAUAUGCUUUCUUAUUUUGACUAUGUUCUUAAAAACCCUAGAAUCUUAGCAUCUGAAGAAAGCUGAAUGCUUUUACUAAAGAGACAGUAUGAUGUGUUUAGGUGUAAUGUCUUGUGAGGAGGUAUUUGUGACAGUCAGGCUUUUUGAAAAGCACUGAUUUCUGAUUUUUCUAAUUCUGAGUCCUCAUAUGAAUGUUUGGCUGCUAAAAUGUAUGAAUAAUUUUCAUCAUGACAAUAAAUCACACUUGCAAUAUCAUAACUAAUGAUUGUAAUUAAAUUUAACAUGUAUAUUGAUUGCUUUGUAACCUGCAUCCAUAUAAUCAGAAGUUAUCUUUGUCAAAAUUUGAUUGGAAUUGCGGCAAUAUCUAAUUUCUGUUGUAUUUUCUGAUUUUGUUCUUUUAAAUUCUGUAGCAAGCAGGCAUCUUAUACCUAAACCUCGGCUUUGUAACCUCUGUUCUACAUUUUUUAUUCCAAGCUUCUGAAUGGUACAGUAAGUGCUUUAGCUUAAAUGCUUGUCUGUACAACUUAGAAUGUAAAGUGUAUCAUUAUGUGUUCCUAGAUUUACCAUGAUUAACUGUUACAUUUGUUUGUUUUGUUUUUAUUUUUUUGUUAAAAACAUCCGAGGCAUACAUUGAGGAUGUUUUUGGCACUGUACAAUUGGAAGCAAAACUGUUCAGAUGUAUAGAGGAAACCUGCAAAUGUGAUGAAUUGUUUUAACAUGAAUAUGCUUUAAAUAAGAUUUAUAAUCCAGAGAUAGUUGAGAUGCUUAUUUUUCUCUAGAGUUGAGGUAAAUAAUAUAGGCACCUGAGAUUUUAAGUGAGAAAAUGUCAACGGCUGUGGAACUAACUGAUGCUUGAAAUGCAGAAAAGGGGUUGUACAGAAAUAUAGUCUUCUUAACACAUUAUGAUUAAUAAUAUUACUAUUGUUAUUGCUUUUUUGAACAUUUUAAUUUGUAAUUCAAUGUUUUACGGUGCCUUUUUGCAUUUUAUUAAACAUUUAUACAACUUCUGUAUUCACGAUACCUUGAACUCCUAUUGAAAUGGUUAUAUUUUGACAAUUGCACAUUCUCUGUUUGGCUGUGAACUUAAAAGCGUCUGUCAGUUUAAGCAGCAUUUCUUUGUUUUACCACUAGAUCAAAUAAUUUAUUACACAGAAACUGGCCUUAUAUACAUGCUUGAUAAUGUUAGCGUUCUCUGUAAUUCAAAAUAAUUUAUUUCAUCAUUGUGCACAUAAACAGAGUUGAUGCUCUGGGAUUGAAAAAAUGCAAAAUGGAAUUUUAUGAUCAUCAUAAUACUUAAAUAAACAAAAUACUUGAAACUUG